AAACUUCAAAUUAAUCCGUAGAAAAGCAACUUUUAUUUCCAAAGAAACCACCGUUUCAACUUUCAACAUACUGACUUCCCCCCCUAUACUCUCAAAAAACAUCCCCUUUUAUAUAGAUAGCUUUUUUUACCAAAUAUUGCCGUUGCUAAUAUCUUACUCUCACUCACUCACUCCCCCCAAUAGUGAUGUAAAAAUCUGGCCGGAUAAUGGCAUAUUUGUGCACCGACAGCGGCAACUUAAUGGCCAUUGCUCAACAAGUCAUUCAACAAAAACAACAACAAGAACAACAACAACAACAACUUCACCACCACCACCACCACCACCCAUUAGCCGUCGCUAUGAACAAUGCAAACCCAUUUUGGCCCACCACCGCCCACCAAUCUCCUUACAAUUUCUCAGAUCCAUUUGACUCAAAUCCAAAUGAUAAUGAUGUGGUUGUAUCUGGGCCUGAAGAAACCACACCACCGUUUCAUUUCCCGAGUCAACCCGGUGGGUUUAGGUUUUCAGAUUUCGUGGCGGCGUCGGGUUCUGUCGGCGAUUUUGAUACUGAUGAAUGGAUGGAAAGUUUAAUUGAGACUUCUGCUUGGCAACCCACUUCGGAUUUCACUUUAUAUUCAUCUGAUCCUUUUUCUGAUUGUCCUCCGAGUCAGCCGAGUCGACUCACUGAUCUGAAAAACGUUAAUUUAACAUGGCCUGUGACGGCGACGACGGCGGCGACAGCGACGGCUGACCAGUUUAUUCCGGUGGAGAAGAAGGAAGUUAAGCCGGAGAAAAUUUGUUCUCCACCGCGAGGAAAUGAUUUUCCGAAAAAAGAGGUUAUUUUCAAAAACCCAUUACUCAAAACCCUAACUGAUAUCGCGAAAACUGCGGAAACUGAUCCGGAAAAAGCGGCCAAAUCGGUUGUUGAUCUCCGUGUUCGGGUAUCGGAACACGGAGAUCCAACCGAAAGAGUUGCGUUUUAUUUCGCGGAAGCCUUACAUAGCCGCGUAAUAAAACGACAACAUUUGUCGUUAGUUCAGCCCGGAGAAUUCGGGCUGACUUACAAAGCGUUGAAUGACGCUUGCCCUUAUUUUAAAUUUGCUCACUUAACAGCAAAUCAAGCAAUUCUAGAAGCCACUGAAAAUGCUAAUAGAAUUCAUAUUAUAGAUUUUGGUAUUGUUCAGGGAGUCCAAUGGGCUGCACUUUUACAAGCUUUAGCAACCCGACCCGUUGGAAAACCGGAUAGAAUUCGGAUAUCCGGAAUCCCGGCCGCGAUUCUUGGAGACUCGCCAGGAGCUGAGCUUUUAGCUACUGGUAACCGUCUCCGUGAGUUUGCGAAAGUUUUAGAUCUUAAUCUCGAAUACGAACCGAUUUUAACUCGUGUAGAUGAAUUAAGUGUUUCGAGUUUUUGGAUUGAUGAGAAUGAGAUUUUAGCUGUUAAUUUUAUGCUAGAGCUUUAUACUUUUCUAGACCAAAGUUAUUGUGGAGUGGAAAAGGUAUUGAAGCUAGUGAAAUCAUUGAAUCCUAGUAUAGUCACUUUAGGUGAAUACGAGGCGAGUUUGAACCGAGUUGGGUUUUUUGAACGUUUUAAUAACGCGUUAAGUUACUACUCGGCAUUGUUUGAUUCACUCGAACCAAAUAUGGAACGAGACUCGUUGGAGCGGUUGGAAGUCGAGAAGUCGAUGUUUGGAAGGCGGAUAGUUGCCGCGGUUGGGUACGAAGAGGAAGAAAAAGGAAGGAAAAGGGUGAGAAUGGAGGAAAAACAAGAAUGGAAAAUGAUAAUGGAAAAAUGUGGGUUUGAAUCAGUGAAAUUUAGUAAUUAUGCAGUUAGUCAAGCCAAGAUAUUGCUAUGGAGUUAUAAUUAUAGUGAUAGAUAUGGUUUGGUGGAUUCUGAUCCUGGAUUUCUUUCACUUGCUUGGAAUGAUGUACCUCUUUUAAGUGUUUCUUCUUGGUGUUAAUUAAGUUUAUUAAGCUAGUCAUAAUUUUUUUUGUUUUAGUGUUUUUGGGCUAUUGGUGUAAUGGGUAAGAAGAUUAGAUCUCAGCCAUUUUUAGUGUUGUUUUUUGUUGUUGAAAGUAUGUUUCUAUUGUAGUAUUAAUGUUGAUGAUGAAGCCUGGUCCAUGAAUAGGAAAGUAGCUCCAAGUUAGAUUUGCUAGUAAUGUUUUUACUUUUGAAGACUUUGCUUAUGGUAAUGAUGAUAAUGAUGAUGAUGCCUAGUCAAAAUGACACGGUUUUUGUCUGUUGAUUUAAUGGGAAUUGGAGGUUAACUUUACUUUUGGCA